AUGGGCAAUAUAAACUGGAAGAUCGAGAACAAAUCAGAAACGGGGUCCAAUCCAAUGGAGGCGUGCUUCCUCCCCACCGACCUGCUGGUGCAGAUCCUGCUGCGGCUCCCGCCCAGCGCCCGCCGCCGCGCCCGCCUCGUCUGCAAGCUCUGGCGUGACGUCGUCGCCGAGCACACCACGGAGAUGCAGAGCCGCGCCAAGGUCCUCCUCUGGCACGCCAGCUCCGCGGCCGCCUACGUCGUCGACGACCUCUCCUCCUCUUCCACGGGGAGCUACACGGAGCUGUGGCGAAUCGCCCGCGUGCCCGGCGAGCGCACAUAUUACUACCCGGAUGAGGUGCAUCUGGUCGGCACCUGCAACGGCCUCCUAUGCAUAUGCGACAACCGCGGCGAGAGGACCGGCGGCACCGUCACCCUCGUCAACCCGGCAACCGGGGAGAAGCUGCUCGUCCCGCCGCUACCGGGCGCCGCCCAGUUCGCGCUAAACUACCACUGCCAGAAGUGGGACAGGGCCUACUGCUUCGCGUACCACCCGACGUCCGGGCAGCACAAGGUGGUGCACGUCCCCUGCAGCUUCGACCGGGUCUGCGACUAUGACGCCGCGCAUGUGCUCACGCUGGGGGAGACGGCCUGGCAUGAGGUGCGGGGCACCAAUGGCAAGAGAUGCAACCUCCACGCCGGCGUCGUCAGUGUCGACGGCGUGACAUACUGGGUCACAGACGGUGGCACCGCGAGGAUAGUGUCGUUCGACCUCGAUAAUGGGCAGGUCGCCUCCUCCACCAUAGAGUUGCCUUCUCUGCCGGACAAGCCUGACGACUACAACCUGACCGAGGUGCAGGGGAGGCUGGGAGUCGUCAUCCGCAGCCCCUCGGGGACAAGGGAAGCGUGGGUUCGGGACAAGGGGAAGUGGAUCUGCCGGUACGUCCUCAGGUGUAAAUGGCAGCAGAUUCCACGGCCGUACUUCGCGCACGGCGAAUACUUCUUGAAGUUUGAGGGCAAGUUGUUGUAUGGGUACUCACGGAAGUCCGGCGUCGUGAAGGUUAGUCGCAAGGAUGAGGGAAGGCUGGUGGCCAAGAUGAAAGAUGAUAAUAACUUCGGUUCUAACUACCAAACCUUUGUGUACGUCAAGACGUCUGAGCCAUUAGGUGUUUACGAUACAACCAAGUAG